CGAGCUGCUCGUCUGCUGGACAAGGAUGCGAGUGUCAGGUCUGCCUCGCCUCCUGGCCCUCGUCUUCGCCCUGGUUAUCACGUGGAUCUGUACUCGCAGCUUCAUCAGCUUCAACGUGAAAACCAUCCGUCUGCCGCGCUGGCUCGCAGACUCCACCACCAAGGAGAUCCGGGUCGUGAAGACCAAGUGUGGCCUCAGCAAGUCCUGCCCAGCCAACUUCUUCGCAUUUAAAAUCUGCAGUGGGGCCGCCAACGUCGUGGGCCCCUCCAUAUGCUUUGAGAACCACAUGAUCAUGAGUCCUGUGAAAAACAAUGUGGGCAGAGGUCUGAACAUCGCCCUGGUGAACGGAACCACGGGGACGCUGCUGAGACAGGCCAUUUUCGACAUGUACUCUGGAGAUGUGAAGUUUCUGGUGAAAUUCCUUACGGAAAUUCCAGAGGGCACCCUGGUGCUGGUGGCUUCCUAUGAUGACCCGGGGACCAAAAUGAAUAAUGAAAUCAGGAGCCUCUUCACCAACCUGGGGAGCUCCUAUGCAAAGCAGCUGGGCUUCCGGGACAGCUGGGUCUUCUUAGGGGCCAGAGACCUCAAGAAUAAAAGCCCCUUUGAGCAGUUCUUAAAGAACAGCCCAGACACAAACAAAUACGAGGGAUGGCCGGAGCUGCUGGAGCUGGAGGGCUGCGUGCCCAGGAAGGUGUUUUAGGGUAGCUGGGGCUCUUCCUGCACUGAGGCCUGAAGGAGCCCCUGCCUGACCUGGGAGUGGAGCCCGGGCUUGCUGCGGGCUGGGCUGGCAAGAGGACUGCAAGGAGGCGGAGGAGCGACCGUGUGGCAAGUGCCAACAGUCCUUGCAAACCCUGACGUAGCCCCCUCUUUGGAACCGAAGCCCUCCCGCUGGGCUGAGAUGUCCCACCUGGGAGAUGACCAGCCUCAGAGGGCCCUUCCCGAGCCAGCUGUCUGUGGAGAGAACAGUUGCGCUUUUGUCAGAGAAGGACUGACUGCCCACACUUGAGCAAAAUUAAAUUUUAUUUUUGCUGAUCUUGAA